AUGGGAUUGAAGAGGAAGACGGCGUUCUCUGAGAUCACCAGCGACCCCUACGUGGCCUCCAAGCUGGAGGAGAUCUACGGAUCGCUGGACGAUAUCGAUCCCUACCUGGGGGGCCUCGCGGAGGAUCACGUCAACGACUCCAACCUGGGCGAGCUGUUCUACGCGUCCAUGAGCGACCAGUACACACGGCUGAGGGACGGAGACAGGUUCUACUUUGAGAACGGCGACAAUGGCCUGUUCACGGACGCGGAAGUGCAGAAAAUCAGGGCCACAGGUCUGCGUGACGUCAUCAUGCGCAACACCAACAUCAAAAACCUGCCGCAAAGCCUGUACUUCCGCGCCAAUGACGACGUCUGGCCCAGGGCAUGA